AUGCGCCCGCCCCGCGCCAUGCGCGCCCUCAUCGCUUUGUCGACGCUCGCCGCCGCGUUCCGCACCCCGACGCACCGCGUGACCGCGCGCAAACCGGACAAGAAACCACCCCAAACCGUCGCCCCGAUCCUCGUCGCCGCAUCAACGGCCGUCCCCGUCGACCCCGCGCCCCCCAAGCGCCGGGCGUGGCUCCGUUUCUUCGCCGACACCGAUGACGCUCCCCGGCGGUCCGCGCGGAGCUGGAUCACGGAGCAGUGCGCGCGCGGGUGGAUCCGCGACCAGAAGAAGCGGGGCCGGCUGGCUCUGGAGCACGUCGAGCGCGUGGACGCCGUCGAGCCCGAGGAGUGCGACGUGAGCGAGGGCCUGAGCCGGCGCUGCCCGGACGUCGUGCGCCUCACGAGCUCCGGCGUCGUCUGGAUCGGCGCGCGGCCCGGCGGCCCGAAGUUGGUCGCGAGCCGUCUCGAAGCCGAGCUCGUCAACCUGCACCGGCGCGUGCUCACGGGCGGGCGGCGCGGGUCCCUCGUCGCCGAGCUCACGAUGACGGGGGCGGACCUCGACGGGUCCCUCUGGAUCCGGCGGCGCCUCGACGGCAUCGUGCGCAAGGUCCUCGUGAAGUGGAUGGGCAAGGAGGUCUGCGUCGCCGACGACGCGCUCGACUUCACGACGACCAUCGACGCCGGCGGCCGCGCGCGCGUCGACGGCACGGCGCGCGUGCGCCGCGCGCCGACGCCCCUGGAGCGCUACGCGUCGGGCGACGGCGGCUACCGCGAGUCGAACUUCCGGUUCGCCGUGUCGUUCGUCUUGGAGGCGGACCGGGGCGCGAUCCUCUUCCGGGACCCCGUCGUGUCCCUCCCGGACCGGCCGUCCUUCGAGGCGCCGCCCCAGUGGCUCUGGGCGUCCCAGCCGACCUACGCGCUCGCGCUCGCGCACACGACGACGCCGCUCGUGGAGGGCGGCGCGGCGCUCUUCCUGUCGAGCGUGACCGUGGACCCGACGGCGUCCUUCUCCAUCACGUCCCUCGUGCCCUCGGCGGCGACGCCGGGCGCCCUCGUCGCCACCGUCGAGUCGGGCCCGCAGAAGUUCUCGCGGAGCCGCCUCUUCCGCCGCGGCCGGUCCUCCGCGGCGCCGCGGCCGCGCGCGGCGCCGCGGCGCCAGCCCACGGCGUCCCUGCCGGCCCUCGUCGACGAGGCGGCCCUCGGCGAGCUCCUCGCGCCGCUCCGGACGACGUUCCGCGUCGGCGACGGGCUGCCGUGGAUCCUCAACUCGAAGAACGCGGCGCCGACGAUGGUCUUCGCGACCAUGUGCGCGCUCACGGUCCUCUUCCAGCUCUUCGCGCUGCCCGACGCCCUCUUCCGCGCCGUGGCCGCCGCGCCGGCCCUCGCCAAGGCGGCGCUCGCGGCGCUCGCGGACCCCGCGGGCCUCGCGGCCGCGGCGUGGGCCGGCCUCGCGGCGCCGGCGGCCGCGGCCUGGAGCAGCGUCGCGGCGUCGGGCGCCGCCGCCGCCGCGCUGCCCAAGGCCGCCGUCGCCGCGGCGCAGAGCUCCUACGCCGCGGCGGGCGCGCUGCCGAAGGCCGCCGUCGCCGCGGCCCAGACCGUCGGCGCGUCGCUCAUCCCGAAGCGCGCCGCGCUCCGCGCCUGGCGCGGCGCCAAGGCGGCCCCGGAGCGCGCCGCGCUCCGGGCCUGGCGCGGCGCCAAGGCGGCCCUCGGCUUCCGCGCGUCCGGCGAUCCGCCUUUGCUCGCGGCGGACCGCGCGGGCGCGGCGCCGCUGCCGACCAGCAAUCCCUACGCCGACGUCGUGCGCGCCGUCGCCCGCGCGCGCCUCGCAUUAAAGUCGCGCCCCACGCGCGGCGCGAUCUACGCGAAGAUCCGCGGCGAGCUCGACGCGCCGCACGUGCUGCUGCGCGCGCCGCUGCGGCGGCCGAGCGGGACGCCGUCGCCCGAGCGGGGCUCGCCGCCCGGGCGGCGGCGGCGGCUGCCGCCGUCGGCGACGCCCGGCCGCGAGGCGGCGCUGCGCCGGGGCGGCGCCGCCGUCGCCGUGCCCGAGUUCCUCGCGGCGCUCCUCGAUCUGGCCGACUGCGCGUUCACGAAGCUCUUCCUCGCGCGGCCCGAGUGCUUCCUCUUCUGCAGCGACUUCCUGGUCAUGCCGAACCCGGGCUACGUCGACGUCGCGGCGCUCGCGGCGGGCCUCGCACCCCGCGACUUCGCGCGCGCCGCGGAGCGGUCGCGGAGGGGCUUCGGCUUGGUCGCGUGGUGGAUCCACCCGGAGCUCCGGAAGCGGAGCCGCUUCUUCCACUGCCACGCGGACCUGCGCCUGGCGAGCCGCCUCGCGCGCCGCGGCGCGCCGGCCGCCGCCGCCGCCGCCGCGCCGCCGCCGCCGCGCGCGCCGCCGCCGCCGCCGCGCGCGGGCGCGCGGUCGCCGCGGCCGACGGUCGUCGCGCCGUCGCGCGCGUCGCCGCCGACGCCGCCGUCGCCGCCGCGCGACGCGUCCUCGAGCAAGGCGCCGGCGAUCACGGUCGGCGCGCUCCUCGCCGCGGCCGGCGACGCCGCGCCGUACCUCUACGACGACAGCGACCUCCGCGCCGCGCACGCGCCCGGGCUCCGCGCGCUCGAGGCGGCCGUCGCGGACCACGUCCGCGCCGUCUACGGCCACGCCGCGGCGCGGACGCUGGGGCCCGACGACGUCUACUUCCACCGCCAGCGCGCGAUGUGGUCCGCGCCCGAGCGGAGCUGGAGCAUGACGGCGCACGUCCACGUCGCCGUGGGCCGCGCGCGGCCGCCGGCCUGCCACUGCCACAGCGUGUCGCUCCGGGCCGUCGUCGCCCGCCUCGAGGCGCCGGGCGAAACGGACGAGCCGCGGCCGCCGCGCCUCGAGCUCCUCAACCUCCCGGCGGACGCGGCGGACCUCGCGCGCGCGCGGCGCCGGCUCGCCGACGCGGGCUUCCGCCUCUCGCGGUGCCUGUCGCCGGCGGACCUCGCGCGACGCGCCUGCGCGCUGCCCAAGGCCGCCGUCGCGGCGGCGCAGAGCUCCGCGCCCGCGCGCUGCGUCGCGCAUCCGCGCCGCGUCGAUCGAUAUAUCAUGGGCGAGCGCAUCAACAACUUCCUCAACAAGAAGCCCUGGCACCCGUCGAGCUUCCAGAACCAGGAGAAGGUCUGGCUCGCGGAGCAGGCCGCGGAGAAGGAGGCGACGAAGCUGCGCAUCCGCAUGGAGGAGAUCCGGCGCGAGAAGGAGGCCGAGGAUCUGCGCACCGUCGGCCGCGGCGGCUGGGUCAAGGCCGAGGAGGAGCGCGACUGCGUCUUCGAGAAGGCGGGCGCGGCGAAGCGGUCGUCCGCGGACCUGCUCCGGCGCGCGCGCGAGGACGACGGCGGCGGCGCGGCGGCGAAGCCCAAGGCCGGGCCGAAGCCGGCGUCGGGCGAGUCGGCGGCGGACGCGAAGCGCAAGGCGGAGAACUACGCGAAGGCGCAGAAGAAGAAGGAGCGCAAGCGGCGCAAGCUCGCGGAGCAGGCCGCCUCCGCGGCCGCCGCGGCGCCGGUCGCGGCGCCGGCCGCGGAGCCGACGGCGCCGGCGGCCUCCGCGCCGGAGGAGCCGGAGGAGCCGAAGGAGCCGACGUUUAUGAACGACGGCUCCUUCCUCGAGCAGGCGCGCCUCGCGCUCCUCGCGAAGGAUAAGCAGAGUCGUUAG